AUGGCUCCGCUGGAAACAAGGAAGACCGUUGAUAAUGAAAGGUGGGAGAUGCUAGAGGUCUUGCCAGACAUACUCAGACGGAGCAUCGAGCUACAUGAUAACGGCACUACGCCUGUAAUGAUGACAGAGAACUCAUUGUACAAUAUCAUGACUGCUGGAAAGGACGAGUUUCUUGAGAUCACCGUCUCGAAAGUCAUACCGUUGAAUCCUCUGGCCUCCGAAGUCCGCACAUCGCUGAGCAUCCCACACAUGUCUCCUACGCGGACCGAAAGCGGGUUUGGAAACCACCUGACGUCCAAGUUCUCCGUCCUAGGCCAGAGGAGCAGCAGUGACUGGCCGUCUAGUGGGCACACCUCGAGAGGUGAACGCCCGAGAUCGCGGGUAACGCUCGACACGAGGAUAUUCCUCCCGCUACCGGACGCAACAUGCGGCAACUGCCAGCGACCCGGACACGCAGUGCGGGACUGCAUCGGCCCCGUCGACGAGCACGGCGAGAUCGACGGCUGUCCCAAGUGCAACACCGCGCGUGCGCACCUCUACGACGAUUGUCCUGCUCGGGAUCCGAACGAGGACUUUGACUACAUAUACAUGUAUCGCCAGAGGAAGCCGCCGCUGAAGAGCUAUAUGCAGUGGCAGGGCUUCCUAUCGGAGCGGUACCAACCAGCCACCUGGCCCAAAUUCAUACCGUGGUCUUCGCAAUUCGCGCUGGCGCAGCAAGAGUCGGCUUUCAGAGCACGUCGCAUGCCGGAGUGGUUGUACUACGAGUAUGACCGCAUUGGGUGGCCGGACGCGGAGGCGCACUAUCGGGAGAUCGAUCCCGAGUCUGAAUAUCUAGUCCUCUGA